AUGGGCGCUACAGUCAUGACCCCUCCGUUGGAACCCUCGUCACCCUUGGACGGUGGAAUCCGGAAAAGAGUGUGCAAGGCUUGUGACAGAUGCCGUCUGAAGAAGUCCAAGUGUGACGGUGCCAGUCCCUGUAGUCGAUGUAAAGCAGACAACGCCAUCUGUGUUUUUGGAGAACGGAAAAAAUCUCAGGACAAAGUCUAUCCCAAAGGUUACGUGGAGAUGCUUGAGAGCCAACAAGCCCAGCUCGUCGCAGGUCUACAAGAAUUGUACAAGCGCACCCAGAACGGCCAGGGAUGGCCAGGCUCGGCCUUGAAAGAGACCAGCCACGGUAUCCCCUUGACGCACGACAUUUUGGAGAGACUAGGUGUGCUGAAGCAAGAUGGCCACGCCACAGAGGGCGUCUUUGAGGAGGACCUCACCGCCUUGCAGCAAAGGCUGUUUGCAGACGGAGCCGGCGUCAUGCAGCGGCAGCCUUCCCACGAGUCACAUUCGGACAGCGCGCCCUCGCCAAUCUACGAACCCAUCGCUCAGAGACCUACCCUGACGAACCCGUUCAGUGUGAGCCGGUUCCCUCCCACGCCACCCAACCAGAGUCCCUUCCCACAGAACGCUCAGGUGGCGCCGCCGACGAAGUCGCAUACCUAUCCUCACGCAACCACCCACCAGUCGAAUCUCAGCUGGAACACGCCGGCUGGCGACUUUGACGACGGAAUGGAUUUCAUGAGCCAGUUCGAGUCGCCCAUGGUGGAUGCCCCGAUUGACUUGAAUUCCUUCUCCACACCCAUGUUCCAAGAACCGAUGGGGACGGCCGCGAUCAAUCCCUGCCUGACGAUGAAAGACUGGGCCGGCCAGGAAGAUCUUCAACGGUACUUCAACCCGGCCAUGAUUUGA